AUGGCAAGUGCAGCAAUGGAUUACGAGGCGCCCAAUGGCGAUCGCUACGACGAUGAAGCUCCUCGCUAUGAACGUGAUAACCGGAGCGCUUCACCCCGUCCUGGCCGAGAUGAAAUCGACACUGGGCGUCGCCGUUCCGCUUCGCCUACGGCGCAUCCUGACAGAGGCUCCAAGGAAACCUCUGCUCCCAAGGACGAUGAUGAUGGCGCUGUCAACCCCGGCUCUAACCUCUUCGUGACUGGCAUUCACCCUCGUCUGUCAGAGGCUGAAGUUACGAAGAUGUUCGAGAAAUACGGCGAUGUUGAGAAAUGUCAGAUCAUGAAAGAUCCUCAUUCCAAGGAAUCGCGUGGUUUUGGUUUCGUCAAAAUGGUCACUCCAGAGCAGGCUGACGCGGCCAGGGAGGGUCUACAAGGAGAGGUGAUUGAAGGUCGUACUUUGAGCAUCGAGAAAGCUCGCAGAGCUCGGCCUCGCACUCCUACCCCGGGCAAAUACUUUGGACCCCCCAAGAGAGACCCACGCCCCCGAUUCGAGGACCGUCGCCGUGGAGGCUAUGGCGGUGGCCAAGGCCGUGAUGACGGGUAUCGCUCUCGCGGCUACGACCGAGGCGGCGCCGACCGGGGUGGCUACGACCGAGGCUACGAGCGCCGCUACGAUGACCGCGGUGGCUAUGAUCGCUCCAACGAGCGCUCCGGCUACGAGCGUGGCUACCGUGAGGACAGACGUUACGAUGAGCGAGCAGGAUAUGGCAGGGACUACGAACGUGGUGGUUACGACCGCCGCGACCGCGAUGAAAACUAUGGCCGUGAAAGGCACGGUGGACGCGAUGACCGUGAGCGCCAUGCCCCACGUGGCGGUGCCGGCGGCUAUGACCGUGAGAGAUAUGAUCGUCAAGGCGACCGUGAUGGUGGCCGCCCCCGUGAACCUGCUGCUGGAGGCUCUGGCGGAUAUACUGAUUCCGCGUCGCGUUCUGAGCCACGAGAACAAUAUGGAGGUGCCGACGCCACGAUGCGAUGA